AUGUCCAAGAAUCCAUAUCCACUGGCAAUGUUUGUUUCUCUGCUGAUGUCACAGGUCAGGAUAGGGGGUGGUCAUGGUCGGCUAUGGGAGCCUCCAGCUCGAGGCACUAUGUGGAGGCGUGGGUUUAAAACACCAGCUAACUACGAUGACAACGGACUAAAUUGUGGGGGAUUCAAUCACCAGGUCAGCCUAGGCUACAAGUGUGGGUUGUGUGGGGACGCCUACGACGGAGUCCGAGAGAACGAGACGGGAGGCAAGUUUGCUACAGGAAUCAUCUCCAAGACCUAUACACAGGGGCAGUCGGCAGUCUUUCAGGUUGACCUGACUGCCAACCACAAGGGAUUCUUUGAAUUUAAGAUUUGCCCAACCGGCGACCCCAGAGUGAAGGAAACCCAGAGCUGUUUUGACAAGAACCCAGUAUCCAUAGCUGCCUCGCACGGCUCCGGGACAAAGUACUACAUUGAUGACCAAUCCCGGAUGAUGGAUGUGAAAGUGCAGCUACCUCCUCACCUCAGCUGCGAGCAUUGUGUGUUGCAGUGGCGAUAUCACGCAG